AUCAUGUAGUUGUCCCCUUCAUUACAUUAAAUUAAUUAACAAGAAGCAAGAAUAUGCUCUAACAAACCCUUAUAAUAUUAAGAAAAGUUGGCAAUGGCUUAAAAUGAGCUCACUGAAAGAAACCCUUUUGCCUUCUUCUUCUCCUCCUUCCUCCAUUAACACCAUCUUCUUAUAAUUUUUCAUUCUUUGGUGUUUCUGAACAAGAAAAGGCUAACAUACAUGGAUUGCUGUAUUUGUAGUUCAGUGCCCACUAUCCUUAGGCCUCCAAGAAACACCAUAUGUGGUUCUUGCUAUGAAGGAGCUAAAAAUGUAAUAUCUUUAAUGAACAAGUUUGAAAACGACAAAGUCAAUACCUCUGUCGUUUCUUUCCCAAACUCCUGUAAGCCUCAGCCACUUGCAAAUAUUCCAAAAUGGAUGAACAAUAUGAAGGAAAAAGAAGAUGAAUUAAAUGAGAGAGUAAAUUUCCUAAGCAGCUUUGUUUCUUUAUUCAAAGAACAAAUUCUUACUGACAUUCAACUCAAGCCUGGCAAUGGUGGACCUUCCAUUUCUGCCCAUAGAGCCUUACUGGCAGCAAGAUCAGAAAUAUUCAAGAACAUGUUAGACUCAGAUUCAUGCAAAGCCCCAGCAAAUGACACAAUAACACUUGCAGAGCUAAACCAUGAAGAGCUUGAGUCGCUCCUGGAAUUUCUCUACAGUGGAAACUUGGGUAUAGAGAAACUGGAGAAGCAUAUCUAUUCAUUGACAUUGGCAGCUGACAAAUAUGAGAUUCACUUCUUGCUCAAAUUCUGUGAAAGAUACAUGCUUAAAUCUCUAGAUUCAUCUAAUGUUCUUGAUGUCUUGGAGAUUUCAGAUGUUUGUUCUAAUAAAAUAUUAAAGGAGACUGCCUUGAAUUUCAUUAUUAAGAAUCUGGAGGAUAUUGUUUUUUCUGCUAAAUUUGAAGCUUUUGUAGCCAAGAACCCAUGUUUGUCUGUGCACAUCACAAGAGCAUUCUUGAUGGAUGCCAAAAGCAGGAGAAGGAAUGAUAUCAUUGCUUAAUUACCAAGAAUUAUAUGUAGAAUUUAAUUUUACAUGCCUUUGAUAAAUAAAAAUUAAUUGGCAUUUGGUAAUUUUGUUGUUCAAUAAAUGAAAAAAAAAUUCAUUUUCAUUA